GAUGCUGAAGUAGAGAAAGAUUCACUCUGUCAAAAUCUUUAGGGCUCCUUCCAAAGACACGGAGUCUUGAUUUGGAUACGCUCUAACAUUUGUCCGUACAGAUAAUUCAUACUAAAGAUUUAACCGGAAACCAAAGCCAUGGAAAUGUCCAACGAUCUCGAUAGGUUGCUCUUUUUCGAGCAAGCUCGUAAAAUUUCCGAGGCUACUUACGCUUCCAAUCCUCUCGAUGCCGAUAAUUUGACCAGAUGGGCCGGAGCUUUACUGGAGUUGUCUCAGUUUCAAAGCGUUCCAGAUUCUCAGAAAAUGAUUCAAGAUGCUAUUUCGAAACUAGAGGAGGCUUUAUCGAUUAACCCUAGAAAGCAUGAUGCUUUAUGGUGCUUGGGAAAUGCUCAGACUUCUUUUGCGUUUCUGACUAACAAGGAGGACGAGGCAAGACCUUAUUUCGAAAAGGCUGCUCAAUAUUUCCAGCAAGCAGUCGAUGAGGACCCGAGCAAUGACAUUUACCUCAAGUCUUUAGAAAUAUCUGCCAAGGCUCCAGAAUUACACCAGGAAAUCAUUAAGCAUGGCUUAGGUCAACAGACGCUUGGGGCUGGACCUUCUACUUCUACUUCCUCCAAUUCAACAAAGACUGCUACAAAGAAUAAGAACAGCAGUGAUCUCAAAUAUGACAUAUGUGGAUGGAUAAUCCUUGCUGUUGGCAUUGUUGCAUGGGUUGGGUUUGCAAAAUCACAAAUGCCACCCUCCCCACCGCCACCACCCCCGCGAUAAGCGACCACAUCAACAUUCUCCCAAGUGAUUCAGACAGCCUUCAUCCUUUUGAGUCGAGACAUUUGAAGGAAAUUUUAGAACUGUAUGUUAUGAGUACUUAUUUUUUUGACCUUAAUGCUUUCAUAUCAAUGAUCCAAUCCGAUAAAGAUUUCUGUAUGAAACAAUUAUUUUCUUUCCUUCAAAGCUUAGAAAUUUGUCUCGUC